AUGACAGACUCGACCAAACAAAAGAGGGAAAUGAAGGUUCUAUCCCUAGGCCUUCCCCGCACAGGCUCUGCUUCAAUGGCAGAAGCCCUUACCAUCUUGGGCUACAAAAACGUUUACCACGGUACCCAUACUAUCGACCGUCCAGAAGACUGGGCAAUUAUGGAACGCGCAUGUGACGCCUCAUUCACCAAUUUACCGUCUUAUACGGGUCGACCGUUUACCCGCGAGGAAUGGGAUGAGCUCUGGGGUCAUUGUGAAGCUACCACGGAUGUAGCAUCUAUUUUCGCACCGCAGCUCAUAAAGGCAUACCCCGAUGCGAAAGUUAUACUGGCGAUACGCGACUUUGAACCAUGGUUCAAGAGUGUCGAUCAAAGUGUUUUACAAAACCUCUGGAAUCCGAUUGCGCAGUUUAGUAUAAAUGUACUCGAACCCAUCCUCGGUUCCGCAAUGGGUCGAUCAGCGAGGAAGCAAAUGCUGGGUUUAUUCCAAGCGUCAACAGUUGAAGAAGCACGCGCCAACGCAAGAGACACUUAUGACAGACAUCACCGGGUGAUCAAAGAGAUGGUUCCUGAGGGACAAUUGUUGGAGUACCGCAUGGGACAGGGUUGGGGACCUGUUUCAAAUGAUCCGCGGAAUCCUCACUUUGCCUCCCAUCGUGGUCAUGUCCCUUCAUACCAAAACGACAUGCAUCACGAUACUUCUUCCCACACUCCUAUCGAUGCGGCUCGCGCACCUCCUUCUGCUUUGAAGAAACAUCUUGGUGAGCCUUCAAUUGAGCAUGAUUAUCCUCAUGAGAGUUCGACCAAGAGACACUCUUCUGUUAGUCACCAGGAGGAACACUACAACCUUAACUAG